UGACCUCGGCGCGGUGACGUCACAUCCUCCCCUCGCCCACGUGGUGUGAGAGCCGCUGUCACGUGUGUGUCCCCUGCCCUUGGCCGCCGCACUGAGCUGGGAUAAUCAUGGCUGCUCUAUUAGCCGGAGCCCGGCAUGUUCUCCGCCAGGGACCGCGCCUUUUGCCGGCGUACAUUAUACGUCCCAGGCCUGUGCCGGCAAGGUACCUGAGCAGCUCAGCGAGACUCUUUACAGUUAUUGCACAAGAAGUGGAGAACUCAGACAUUAAGUCUGUGUCAAUAGAGGCAAUCCUAAAAGAAAAGCAGGACAGUUUCAUGAAAAACCAGCAGGUUCCAUUAUUUCAUGAAUUAGGAAGCAAACUGAGAAAAUUACGACGUGUUACCGGACAGGAGCUACUGGAAGGUUUUGAUCAUGUUUGCAAAAUAGAUAAACCCAACAGCAACCAGGCCUGGUUCUUUUUGCAUGCAUGUGGCUCCUUAAUGCCAGGGUUGCCCACGUCAGAACGAACAGAAAUUGCAAACAAAAUCUGGAGUGAUCUGCAGAAAAUGGGCGUGGUACUUAAUGUUAUCCAUUACAACACUUUAUUGAAAGUCUAUCUGGAAAAUGAACAUCCCUUUUCACCUAUUGAAUUUCUUGCCACCAUGGAAGCAGCUGAAGUAGAGCCCGAUCAGUCCACCUAUGAGGGGCUGAUAGCAGCUUACUGCAGUGAAGGAGACAUUGAAGGAGCAAGCAAAAUUUUAGGUUUUAUGAAGAGCAAAAACCUUCCCAUCACGGAGCAAGUGUUCAAUUCUCUGAUUAAAGGACAUGCCAGAGCGGGAGACAUGGAGAGUGCCAAGAACAUUCUGUCGGUCAUGCAGGAUGCUGGAGUAGUGCCUAGACACCCCACUUAUUCUGCCCUGAUGAAUGCAUAUGCUGAGAAUGGAGAUAUUGAGAGUAUUAAACAGAUACUGGAUACCAAUGGAAAAAAUCUGACAGACAGACACUUAAUGGGAGUUGUGUUGUCACUUACGAAGUCUGGACACUCCCAGCAUGCUCCUGUUAUAUUUGAACACCUGGAAAAUGGCCCAGGAUAUACACAAGAGCUCAUAAAUCUCUGUUUGACUUUACUGACUGGCGGCUAUGAAGAUAUAGCUUUGCAGGUCGCAAAGAUGGUGCCUGUGGGGAAGUUAUAUGAUGACAGAACGGAGAGGCAGCCUGGGAAUUUCUUUCUGCAGCACUGCGUUAGGCUAAACAUGCCAUUAAGCCAGCUGAAGAAAUAUGCUGAUGAGAUGUUGGCAUCCAACUUGCACAAAAAUCCCCUAUUGUUUCUUCUACACUGUGCUCUAAAAGAUAAUAAAACAGAUCUGGCGUUUGAGCUCAUGAAAACCAUGAAGGAAGAGAGCUUGCCUUUGAGAACACACUACUUCUGGCCUCUGCUUGCUCACUUUAACAAUGAGAACAAUAUACAAGGUGUUCUUCAAACACUUAGAUUAAUGAAGGAUUUGGAAGUAGAAGUAGACCUGGAAACUUUUUCUGAUUAUAUUGCAAAGAUGAUGUCAGACUCCACAACUGUGGACGCUGUUCUGCAGGACAGUGAAUGUCAGCAAGAACUAAGCAAGUUGUAUAUGUCAAUGUUGAGAAUAUCGCUGCUAAGCGGAAACUUCAAGCGCAUGUGUUAUUUCUUAUCAUCCACAAAAAUUCCAUUUCUGAAAACCAGAAGUUUGAUUUCUUGUUUCUCUGUGAGCUUUGUAAGGUUUAGAGAUGUGGACAUGAUGGCAAAGAUAACAGGCCUCUUGUUCAAGGAUGAGUCCGACAGCCAAGAAUCUUCAAGACUAACUGUAGCAGAAUCUGUUGGCUAUUUUCUGUACGUCUUGAUUGACAGUAUGAGUCACUCGGAGGUACAGGCCAUGGAGGAGCAUCUGAGACAAUACUUCCAUCAGCUUACGGAGAUGGGAUUGAAGAUUGAGGAAAAAAGAUGCAAGGGCAUCCUCAAUUUACUGGAGUCUUACAAUAUUCCUGAGUUAAUUAAGGAUGUUAAGAAAAUGUCGGAUUCCAUGGAAUCUACCGAGAUUAUCACUGAAACAGUUGCUGAUUUGGAAAAGACAUUGGAGAACCUGGAAAAUGCUAAUGAACCUAUUCAGCUGGUCUUGUCAAAGCUUCUUAGAGCAGUUUGUGAAGUGAAGGACUUGGAAAAAGCCUUACUGUUAAAAUCCAAAUAUGAACAGGAGUUUACAUUUGCCAUGUAUAUGAAGCUUUUGGCUUUAUGCUGCAAUACAAAUAAUGCAGAGCAGGCACUGAAACUUAAGCAAGAAAUAAACCAGAAAGGAUUCACUCACACUGCAAGCACCAACAAGUACAGGGCUCUCUUAGAGGUCCUUACGGAAAAUGGCUUUGUAGAAGACGCUAUUAACAUUUUAAAGGAGAUGAAGGAGAAAGAUAUUCGUUUGGAUAAACCAGCCGCGUUCUACUACCAUAUCCUGGACAUUCUGGCCUCCAGAGGUGACGUAGAGGCCGUGAAAACCGUGUUUGAAAACAUUGUAAUGCUGGGAUUGGUCAAACCUACAGGCAGCUUAUGUUCUCCAUUGGUGAUGGUGCAUCUGAAAAAAGAGAAUAUUGCCUCUGCUGUGGAAGCCAUGAUUGAAUGCGCCAAGAAAUACAAAUGCACUCCUUUAUGUCAUGAAAUCCUAAGGGUACUGGUGGAGAAAGGAGAAACGGACUUGCUAAGGGAAGCUGUGGACGUUUUAAGUGACUUGGGUGAAAGAGUAAUGCUACAUGACCUAUUCUUUGCCUUUAUCCAAACGGGAAAGUACAGUGAGGCUAAGAACAUUAUAGAGACACCUGGCUUGAGAGCACAUUUGCCAAGAAUAUCAUGGUAUAUGAAUCGGUUCCUUAGAGCAAACGAGGUGGAGUUAUUGGAGAAUUGUGUUGAAAUGUCUCGGAAUCUGUUUGGCUGUGACAGGGAAGAUAUGUAUUUUCAGCUACUUAAGCUAUAUGAUAAAAAUCAUGAUUGUGAGAAGGCAAAAUCAGUGUGGUACAAAAUGAGAGAAGAAAAUAUAACACCCCAGGAGUCGACUCUAAAGUUCUUAAAAUUAAUUUUUGAGAAAAAUGACCAAGAUAUCUCUUUACACAUACCAGAGUUUCAAAAUGAAGAAGGAGUUCGUGGAUUUUGUAAAACAAUAUUGGAUUAUUGUAGUAGCGAGAACUUCUACGAGGCGUUUGUUACAUUUCAGAAAGCUGAGGAUUUAAACAUACAAUUAACCAAAAAUGCAUACAGAGAGCUGACUAAUGGGCUGGUGAGAGCGGGUCUGCUGGAAGAAGCUGUUAAAGUGGAAACUGCCGCCAAGAACCACAGCAGUAACUACACCAAGACUACAGCGUGCAAUCUCCUUAUCGCAGAGCAAGUUAGGCGGGACUGUUUGAAAGAUGCACUAGACACUGUUCAGAUGGUGUUAGAAAAUGGCAGGAAUCCCAAUCGUACAACGUUACAUGGUCUCAUCGAGGCUCUCGCCAUGAAUGGAGAUGUGUCCGGCCUUAAAAGGCUAAUUAUUUUGCUUAAUACCCAUAAAUCAGCCCUUCGAACAAGGAAGAAGCAUUUGAACAACAGUCUAAUUUUUGCCCACCUGAGAAAUGGUAACUUUGAACAAGCAGCCGUACAACUUGAGUCCUUGUAUACAAGCAAUCCAGAACAAUCCCAAACAUUAUAUCUCUUUCAGAAAGUGAUUGAUAACAACAUGGAAGAGGAGCUGGAAAAACUGAGCAUCUUGGCAGAACGGUUGGCAAAUCAGUUUGCGGUGUACCAGCCCGUUACAGAACUCUUUAUUCAGUAUGCCAAGUCCGGAAGAACAGAUGAAGCCAGACAUUUAUUACAGAGGUGCGGAGCUAUUGUGGAGCAAAGAAAACUACUGACAUAUUACAUUGGAAAAGAGAUUACGCAAGAAAAGCUGAGUACAGUCAAUCAUCUGCUCGAGUUACUCCCUGAUCCUUUCUACAAACAAGUGGCAUAUGGCCUUCUGAUGCGAGACUACGAAAAAAACAAUAACGUGGACGAGGCAUUUUCAUUGUAUGAAAGAAUGAAAGUUGAAAAUGUUGAUCCAGAUGAUCUGUUCUUAAAACGACUAGCAAUUCUUCUAAAAGACGCAGGGAAGCCUGUCCCAUUCACCGAGCCCCCAGAAACUGUCCAGUAUUAUAGAGAAAAGUUGCAGAGGAAUCAACCUGAAGAUGAAGAUGAAGAAUAACGUGUUUUGUUUUGUUUUUUUGUUUUUUUUAAUCUUCCAUGUUUGUCCAUAUUGUUUUCUUGGGGGGAGGGGUGGUUAUACGUGCAUUCUGUUUUCUAAUGUUAAUUUACUAUCACAGAUCUAUGACAAUAAAUAAGUUAUAAUUUGGAGAAA